GUUUUUCCUCACCACCAUUUCCUUCCUAGGGCACGUGGUGACAGACAAGGGACUCCAACCAGAGCCGUAGAAGGUGGCAGCUGUCAGGGACGCGCCGGUGCCUAUGACUAUCACGCAAGUUCGCGCCUUUCUGGGCCUAGCCUCGUACUCUCGAAGAUUUAUCAAGGGCUUGGCGGUGAUUGCGGGACCCCUCACAAAUCUGCUACGUAAAGAUCAGCUGUUGAUCUGGACGCCGGAAUGCGAUCAAGCGUUUUCCACACUCAAGGCCGCUCUCAUUUCGGCUCCGGUCCUUAUAAGACCAGAUCCCGAAAAACCUUUUGUUCUCAUCACUGACUGGCAGCCAGAGGCGAUUUCGGCGAUCCUUGCCCAGGUGGGACCAAGCGGACUCGAGAGUGUGGUGGAGUAUGCGUCCAAAUCAGUGCCCGCCUGCAAGCGCAACUACGCCACUCCAACGGGUGAAUGCUAUGCGGCUCUUUGGGGAAUCAGUCACUUUCGUGUUUACCUGUACGGGCAAAAAUUCACCCUAGUGACUGAUCAUGAGCCCCUGUUGGCUCUGAAGAAGUCAAAGGAUUACUCGAGCAUGAUCGGGCGAUGGGCCACGGUGCUGCAGAGCAUGGACUUUGACAUUCGUCAUCGAAAGCACGAGAGACACGGGAAUGCAGACGGACUGACACAGCUGCAUCGGCCUAAGAAAGUUCCGAAGAAUGAGGAGGUGAUUCUGUGGAACGAACUUGAACAGGAGGUUGGACCCCGGUACGGCCAAGUGGAGAUUUUGUCGAAGCAGGACGAGGAUACGCUACCAUCAUGGCAGGAGUAUCUGAAGCCGUACGAGAUCAUCCCUCACGCCUUCUAUCCGAGGGCAGAGGAAGUGGUGAUCGACGACGACGACGACGAAGAAGAGGACGACGACGAGGAAACAUCGGAGGACGGAAGCUAUAGUGAACAUAGCGAGGGCGAGCUGAGCGAAGGAGAAGAGGAGGAAGAAAAAACCGGAUCCGAGUGGGAAGCCGUGCCGGAGGAAGCGACGCGUAUGGGAACGGAGGCGGUAGAUCCGGAAGCGGCGCGAAAGCGCGAGGAAAUUGCCACCGGGAAGCGCCAGCUGGAGUUCGCCAGUGAAGCUAGCCUGCGCAUCGGUAGCGAUCUGACCAGGGACCCAGAGCCGCCGAAGCCCGAAGAUGGCGACCCUGCAGCCGCCGCCUCAAGUACGGCGCAACGGAAACGGAGCCGAUCCCCCUCUUCCUCCAUCCCCACCCGUCCCCCAGUUCGCCCACGUAUCGAUGCGGGCGAUAGGCCUUCGUCCUUGGACGCUGUCCCGUCGACCCCUUGAUUUCCUCACCCUCGAGCAGAUCCGUACCCCCGUCACCUUCCCUUUUCAUCCCUUCCUUCCCCAUCUCUUCCGCGACUUCUAUUCUACCCAUCUACUCGCCACCGUCCACCCCCACGCCUCCCUUCAAUCCGCUGCCCCCACGUUCUGCUGGCAUCUCCUGCUGUUCAGCGCUGCAUGGGAGCAAUGCAACGUGGUAGAAAUCUACUGCGUCGCUACGGGGACAAUCCCCGCUUGCUGCCACUUCCAGUUCUUUCGAGCGGCGCUUUUCCGCACCCUCUCCUCCUUCUUUCGCGACUACCUCGCUUCCCUUCCCCGCAGCGGCGAUCAUUUCCCCCACUUCCCCCGGAUCAUCCGAUAUGAGGAGCUCCCGGUGACGAUGGAAAGGAUAAAUCGCUUCCUACCCC